UCCACGUAGUCGGUGUAAAUGAGCAUCUGACAGCUGUUCGUCCUCCGCAGCUCGACCUCCUCUGAAAAAGGGACCGACAUGACGCUGAUGGACGAGCGGAUCUGCUCGCUGUUCAAGCGCCGCUGGCAGCAAACUCUCACCUACUGGAGUGCAUUCUUCAGCUUCGGACUGUGCAUCGCUUUCCUGGGACCCACCGUCCUGGACCUGAGGUGUCAGACCCAGUCCACACUGCAGCAGAUCACCUGGGUCUUCUUCUCCCAGCAGUUCUUCCUGCUGGUGGGCAGCAGCCUGGGAGGACUCUUCAAGAGGACACUCUCUUCCUCGCUCAUAGCCCUCUUCUGCUGCACUCUCAUCAUCUCUUUCGUGUUUGCAAUCAUACCGCUAUGUAACCAUGUGUUACUGCUGUCUGUCGCCAUGGCGAUUGCCGGCUUAGCCAUGGGGGUGAUUGACACGAUCGCCAACCUCCAGCUGGUGAAGCUGUACCAGAAGGACUCCGCCAUCUUCCUGCAGGCCUUGCAUUUCUUCAUAGGCCUGGGAGCUCUGGUCAGUCCCCUGGUGGCCGAUCCGUUUCUGGCAGAGGACAGCUGUGUCCUGGGUGCCAACUGGACCGCCAACUCACCCUCAUCCUCAGACCUGCAGCACCUCCGCAACAGCAUGGCCGGGCAUGGAGCGGUGAUAGGCAACAUCUCCCAGUAUCCUCUGCACACAGAGGGUCUGGUCAUCACCCGGGUGUCGUAUGCCUUCUGGAUCAUGGCUCUUAUCAAUCUCCCAGUGCCAGCAGCAGUGCUCACUUUGAUGUACCAUGAGAGACUGCUCUCUUGCUCCAGAAACAAUCCACUUCUGAUUGACAGAGACUCUCUGUCCAGCACGAGCCCCACCAGUGACAGUGGUCAAGGUCAUGGGAGUUGGAUUGGUUGCUUUAACCCUGCCAAACUCCGGGGCCGACCUGCUUCUUUCUUCAUUCUCCACGCUCUGGGUGGGGCCAUCCUCUUCAUCACUGAUGGGAUUAUAGGCUCCUAUGCUGGCUUCGUUUACACCUACGCAGUGUCCCCUCCCCUGCUGAUGGGUCAUAAGACAGCUGGCUGUCUGGACAGUACAUUCUGGGCCUCCAUCACAAUAGGAAGACUGGCUUUCAUCUACCUGUCCUACAGAUACACAGCACCCAGGCUGCUCACCUUCAGUCUGGUCGGAGUCAUACUGGUGCAGUGCCUGUUGUUGAUCUUCUACACCAGCUGUGUGUUUCUCUUUAUCGGUACCUGCGUGUUGGGACUAUGCAUAAGCAGCGUGUUCCCGUCCAUGCUGGCCUUUACAGAGGACAUACUGGAUUACAAAGGUUGUGUUACAACUGUCCUGGUGACCAGUGCCAGCACAGGAGAGAUGGUGCUGCAGCUGCUUGUUGGAUCGGUGAUCCAAAGUCAGGGCAGUUACUCUUUCCUGUUGUGUUGUACAAUAUCAUCAUUCAUCGGCUUCUGCUUGUUCCUGCUGCUCCUCUAUGUCCAGCACAGCCACAGAAACUGCCACACAGAAUCGUCUCAAAACACAGAAUUGAAAGAGAAGCCUAAGACGGGAGGUUCUUGAUGCGAGGGGUCCCCGAGAGACUGAGGGGGAG